GCAGUAUCUAAAUAAAACUUUAUACAAACACAGUCCUUUAUGUCAACGGUAGUCGAAUGUUUAAAUCACAGUUGAUUGAGAUUUAAAAACAUGGCGAUUUGUGUUUAUAUGGUCCUUUAUUAUGGUAUCGGAGAAGUCAUUGUGAUUAUCGACGGAGGAAAUCAAAACACAAAUUUCCUGCAUCAAGGGGUUAAUAUCACGAAAUUGAAUGGUCAUUUGGAUAUAAUAGAAUGUACUUUUAACAAGGAUAUAUCAUUCCGGAAAAGAAACACAGCAACCAAUGAAGAUACUAUUUUCGCUGAGUGUUUUACUGCUGAGCGAGAUUGUUUCGUCUUGAAUGGAACAUUUGCAGAAAAUAUUAGAAAACCACUGUAUACAGGACAUGGUGGAAUUAUUAUAAUUAAACAACUCAACGAAGACACGUAUGGGGACUACACUUGUUACGAAACAUACAACACGAGCAACGAAGCUUCCAUAUCAAUCGAAAGGCCAAAAAUAAAAACAAAUGAAGGGACUUCUGAAACCCCAAACAAACGAACUUGUAUGUGCCUGAUAUGGAUCACCCGGUCAAAUAUAUCAAUUCUUUGGAGAAAAUUUACUCAAACGACUCACACAAACUGUCGAUCUUCGUCGUCAACUUUGUCCAGUGCAGCCUCCAACGUUUACACAAUCAGUCGCUCUCCAUCGUCAAUUUCGCCCAGUUUAUCCUCCUCAAACGAUUCGAACAGCAGUGGAGGAAUUUCCCGCCCGAUUACACCAUCUUCAAACAACAGGACCGAUAUUUCAAGUCCUAUCGAGAAUACUGGAAUGCUUACUGAUCUACCGCCGGCGGACAUCGCAGUCUAACGGUGUAGGGUAUAUCGCUUUUGCAACACGACGACCUUGGCGAUUUAAACUUUCAUGAAUAAGAACGUAGUCACAAAACAUAAUAACAUAAAUACACGAUUACUCAUUUGAAUGUUAGAAAUGCUUAAGUUAGCAUUUUCUAUUACGCGUUGUGUAUGCCAUUCAGAAUAGAUCACUAAACAUUAUAAGCUAAAACGACAUUAACGAAAGAUGACAUAUGUUCAGCAUUUUCAAGUGAAAAAUAGCAUUACUAUGGCGUGCGUAUUUUUCUAUAAAAACACAAUGCUAGAUGUGAUAUAUAACGUUUGUUUAGAAAUGCGUUGGAAAUGAGACAACAAGGAUCGAAAAGAGUGAACAAUAAGUACAUGUAUAUGUAUAUCGAAUAUCAUCGAUUUACAGCUUUCUAAGUGUUACUUCUUCUGUUAACAAAAUUUAGCCAUUACUGUUUGAUAAACUUCUAUAUCGUUAGAAAUGGUAUAUUUGAUCUUUCAGAUUAACACAAUUUUGCGAAUAUACCGGCGUAUAUCAAGGUCCUCUCUUAUUUGUAUAUGUCAUGUUAGUGUAAAGAAAAUAAUCAAUGUACCGCACCGUGGAACGACUCAUUUUUUAUUUUAACAAAUUUCAUUAAAACAUAAAUAUACAAAAACGUAUACGGGUACAGGCAUUCAAUUAUUAACAAAUAAAUACGAAGAUGAAUUUAACUAAAUUAAAUUCAUUCUAGCUGAUGCAAAUCAAACAAUAAUCGGACAAUUUGCAACGCCUGUAUACAAGCGACCAUAAUUCAAUUGGCCUCCUUAAAUUAAGUCGUUUGUCUUGUAUUGAUUGUGCGUUGUUAGUAUAGUUAAUUAUUUUCUUUAUAGACCGAUGCUAUUAAUAUAACUUUUAUAUUCCGGAAUAUAUGUAUAUACUUGUUUCAUCUUGAACAAUUAUCAUGAGAUUUAAAUAAGCUAUUGACUUGUAAUUAUUUUAUUACUAUGUAGUUUUGCACAUUAAACGCUUUCAGUAUAGUAAAAUUCGUGCUUUGCUUUAUUUUUAAAUAAUAUGCAGAAUUGUUGCUGUUGUUGUUGUGCUAUGUUUUAGCUCAUAUUGUUGUUUAUCGGUAUAUACUAUGGCGCAAAACCUGAAUUUAAUAGCACAUUCUUACACAUAAAUGAUUCAUUCAAGCAGUGUUGCGAAUUGGUCAAUUGUGUCAACUUGUGACUGAACAAAUGUUUUUAAAUGUUUGAAAUAUAAUGACAAGCAGACGUAGGCGAAGUAUUUGAUAUACUAUUUACCAAGUGUGACGAGCGUUAACUGUUUGUCAUACAUAAAGAUUUAAUCUGUUGCAAACAAACCAAUUGUUCUUUGCAUUAACGAUUUUAAUUACAAACCGGUGAAUGUAAACAUAAGUUUGCGCUUGAUAAAUCAUGCUUCAAAAGUCUUCCUGCUAGAAAUAUAUGAUCAACAUAAUGAACUUUGUUUGUAAUUUUGAACUUACAUUUUUUUACAAUAUUAGUAUUAUAAUAUGCUAUAAGUUACGGUACGUUAUGUAAAGGGGUUGGAUGUGUGGGAA